UCUAUUAGAUUUUCUUUCUAAAAAAUAAAUAAAUAAAUAAUAAUGUUGUUACAUUCCCUAUUUGCAAAGUCAAUUACUAAAUAAAGUAUGUUUCCUUAUAAAUAAGCUUUAAGCAUAAAAUAAAGAAACUCUUUUAUAAGCAUUAAGCAUUUUUAACUAUAAGUAAAAUAUUAAUUUUCUACUAUCGAAAAUGAAAAAAAUUUUAAACCUUCUACUGAGACACCUAAAUCAUCAGAUAGUUUCAAGCCCAAUAUAAAAGAUGGAAUACCUAAUCCAGUACAUGAUUUAGUGAAACCAGGAAAGGAAAAAAUAAUAGGAUCAUGGCUAUUAUUUACAGCGUUUGCAGUAUUUGGAAUGAUAGUUUUAGGGGGUUAUACACGACUAUCAAAAUCAGGUCUAUCUAUGACAAAAUGGAAACCCAUAGACUAUAAACUUCCAUAAAAUGAUGAAGAAUGGUAGAAAGAAUUUGAAAAUUAUAAGAAAUAUCCUGAAUUCUUACUUGCAAAUAGAAACAUGGCAUUAAAUGAAUUCAAGAAAAUAUUUUUUGUAGAAUGGAUACAUAGAUUUUAUGGGUCUUCUUUAGGAUUUAUAUUUGGUAUACCAUUAUUAACAUUUACGGUAUUAGGAUGGUUAAAACCUAAAUAAUUAAUUAGAUUAUCUGGAUUAUUAUGUCUUGGAGGUCUUCAAGGGUUAAUAGGUUGGUGGAUGGUAAAAAGUGGUUUAGAUAAAAAGCCUGAAUAUUAAAAUCGUCCAAGAGUAUCAGUUUAUAGAUUACAGGUUCAUCUAGGGAUGGGUACUCUUCUUUACAGCGGUUUACUUUGGAAUGCUUUAAAUUUAUUAAGGAAACCUUAAGAGCAUAUUUUAAAUGCAUAAAGUAUUCAUUCAACUUUAAAAUUGAGAUCUCUUCUAAUUGGUUUAAUUCACGUUAUUGCUCUAAAUAUUAUAUCAGGUGCUACUGUUGCAGGAUUAGAUGCAGGAAAAGGAUAUAAUACUUGGCCUGAUAUGGAUGGUUAAUUUAUACCAAAGGAGGCUUUUAAUAAAAAUUCUUUGAUUUAAAAUAUUUUUGAAAAUAAAGCACUUGUUUAGUUUAAUCAUAGAAUGUUAGCAUAUUUAACUACAAGUUGGACAAUUUAUACUCUUUAUCAAAGCACUAAUAUGAUUUUACUAAAACACCAAAACUUAGGUUUAUAUUUGGUGGGAUUUUUAGUGUUUUAUUAGGUUUAUUUAGGAAUUAAUACUUUAUUAAAAGGUGCUCCUCUUAAAGAGUCAUCAUAGCAUUAAGCAAAUGCUUUAUUAACUCUUUCAGCUGCUUUGUAUACUUUACAUUGUUGCAGAAAGCCUAAUGCUUUGUUUUUAAGGAAUUUUAAAUGAAAAAAUAACAAUAGCAAUAAAUACUUUUAUUUUUAUUUUUUUAUAAUAUAUUUUAUAUAUAUAAUUAAAAAAAUAAAAUCGACUUUUAAUCGAAUUAUAU